UCAUUGACUACUAAUUAUUAAAUUAUUAAAUCACUUCACUAUGGGGCUAGCAGAGUUUGUAGGAGCUUUGCAGAAUAAUCCAUACUUUGGUGCAGGGUUUGGACUGGUUGGAGUUGGAGCUGGGCUUGCUUUUCUGAGGAAGGGCAGUCAGCUUGGCAUGAUUAUGUUCAGAAGGCACUGUAUGAUCACACUAGAAGUCCCCAGUAGAGACAAGAGCUACCAAUGGCUUCUUCAGUGGAUAACAGAGAAUGCCAGCCAUACCCAACACUUGAGUGCUCAGACGACCUUCCAACAAUUGGAAAACGGAAGCAUUAGGACUAAAUUUGAUUUUAUUCCGAGUCCAGGGGUUCAUAUAUUCUGGUACAAACGGACAUGGAUACGAGUCGAACGAAACAGGGAGAAACAAAUGGUGAAUCUUCAAAAUGGGACUCCAUUUGAAACAGUGACACUUACAGCCCUUGGUAGAGACAAAGGGGUGUACUUCGGAAUUUUGGAAGAAGCCAGGAAAAUGGCUCUGGAGGAGAUGGAGGGCAAAACGAUCAUGUAUACUCCUGUCGGGGCCGAGUGGCGCCAGUUUGGUUACCCACGGAAACACCGGGCCAUCAACUCAGUGAUACUGAACCAGGGCAUCACAGAGGCUAUUGUGGAUGACAUCAAGGGCUUCGUCAGUACACCGCAGUGGUACAUGGAGAGAGGCAUUCCCUAUCGUCGUGGUUACCUUCUCUAUGGUCCGCCAGGCUGUGGAAAGAGUAGUUUCAUUACAGCACUGGCUGGUGAGCUGGACUACAGCAUCUGUGUACUCAACCUGAGUGAUCGAGGAUUGUCUGACGAUCGUCUCAACCACCUGCUCAGUCUAGCCCCUCAGCGAAGUCUUGUACUUUUAGAAGAUGUGGAUGCUGCAUUUGUGAGCCGUGAGGAGAGUGCAAAGGCUAAAACGGCAUACGAAGGGUUGAGUAGAGUCACAUUCAGUGGGCUGUUGAACACUUUGGAUGGAGUGGCGUCAACUGAGGGGAGGGUCGUGUUCAUGACCACCAACUACUUAGACAGGUUGGACCCUGCUUUAAUUAGACCGGGACGAGUGGACAUGAAGGUUGCUAUUGAUUAUGCAUCUCCGUACCAACUGGAGCAGAUGUACCUUCGAUUCUACCCAGAGCAGCCUAUUGCUAGAGCCCAGCUGUUUGCAGAGCAAGUGACUUGUAUGAACAAACCCGUCAGCAUGGCUCAGCUACAAGGCUACUUUAUGUUCUACAAGAAUGACCCAGAAGACUCGCUGAACAAUGUCAACCAAAUAUGGACGCUUUAGUAUUCUUUUCAUUCAUCAUUUAAUUUUGCAAAAUUGUUUGUCUAUUUUCAGUGAUUUAAAAGAAUAAUUAAUAGUGAAUGUAUUUGUGCUAUAACUUUCACGUCUACACAUGCAUUGGAUUUAAAAACAGA